CACAAACCUGGGGGAAAGUUCCAGAGGAGAAGAUCUGGGGGAAAGAAGGACCGGGUGAAUGGCUGUCUUAGGUGGUCCAUACUGGGACACCGCGUACCGAGUGGACACAUGCAAGGAAUGUGUCAAAGUAGGUGACAAGAGGAACAGCUUGAUGUAUUGGUGAAUACUCAACGGCCUUGGAGAGCAUAAAGAUUGAAGUUGUAAAUGAUAAAAAGAAAGCUGACAUAGAGGACUGAAAGCCAUCUGGAUAUUGGAAAGGGCUUACCUGUAUCAUAAUGAUUUGUGCUGGGUAUCAAAAUGCUGACAUCAUGACUGCUACUCAAUGCUCUGAGAACACUGUAAAGGCUGUAGGGCAUGACGUGGACAGCUGCAAUAGAGACAACAAAGCCAUGGCCAGUAGAGAGGGACAAGCUGGCGUUCUGACUGCAUCUUCACACAAGGAUUCACCCAACAACUGCAAGAUCAUGUGAUCAAAAAUCCGAGUAAGGGAAUUCAAGCUUUGGCAAGAGAGAUGGGUUUUGGAGUUGCCAUCAUGAAGCCAAACCCGAAUGGGGGGGGGGCUUUGCUUCCACUCAUACAAAAGGCACAAGAGACAAAUUCUGACAGCCAAGGGGAUGAUGAAGGCAAAGAAGCUGCUGAACAAACUGAGGUAUCCUGUUGAGCUGGGGAUGAUCUGGUUCUUUUCAGACGAGAAGAACUUCUGCCUGGGCCAGUUGCACAACACUCAAAACAACAGGUGGCUUGUCUACGAUUCAUGUGUGUCCAACAUGUCAUGAAAACCAUGUUACCCCAAACUGUGAUGGUCUUUGGGUGUCUUCAGUGAGGUUGACAUCUUUGAACAGGGCCUUAUGCUCAACUCAGAUGUCUCUGUGAAGCAACUGGAGACUGUGGUCAAGCCCUGGCUAGAUAGGGUUGCUGCUGGAAGGUCAUAUGUGCAGCAGCAUGAUUCAGCUCCUUGCUACUAGAAAGAGUCACAAGUUGUUGUCAGAGAAUUUCUAUGACUUCACCAGCCCCGAUGUCUGGCCUCCUAAUUCCUCCACUUGCAAUUCCAUGGAUUACUAUAUAUGGGAUAUAAAGGAGAAGGACACCAACUGCUCUGCUUCCAAUACCAAGGCCAAGCUGGUGGCCAAGAUCAACGAUCUUCCCAGGGUUGUAGUGGGGAAUGCAUGAGCCAGAUUCCAGAGCUGUUGUGAAGCCAUGCUGGAAGCUGAAGGCUUCCCCACUUUAAAUAAACUCUUAUUUCCCAACCAUUAUCUGGUUGAUAUUUUGGGACUUUAGAAUAUUUUUGUGUUUGGAUGGGAUAUUGCAUUUUCUCUUCUGUGUGUGUGUGUGUGUAAUCUGCUACUUUAUUAAUUCUGCUAAGUGUAUUAUAAAUAAGUGCAAUCAUAAAAAGGAAAGCGUGGGUAGGCAUAUCAAAAAGCAAAGUUGACCACAGUGAGAUUUGAACUCUCUGCAGAUCAUAAACCCCUUAUUUAGUUCUUUUCAUUAUUCUCUCUAUUUCAUUACCAUGUAGACAUGUAAAUAUAGUUUCAAUAGUUUCGUUUUUCUCAUUGUUGCCUUAAGAUAACCUUAAGUUCAUGCACAUCCUUAACCACAACAUAUUCAUUUAUUAAAGUUUAUCACACAGUCACUUAUUUCUCUAAUUUUGUCAUAGAUUGGCUGACCGAAAACUCAGAUUUUUCAAUUUUAUUUUACUAUUAUCGACAUAUAAACUAGCGCACGCACUCAGAUUCCCCUACUCGGUUUUUAAUAAUUCCCCCGAAAGAAUACGAAUCCAGAAGAUGCUCUUGUCUAAAUUUGCUAGUUCGCGGUACACCCACCCUUACACCCCUCCACCUGUACUGGAAGUUCCCAUCCUCUGCCAUCCUUUGGUUGUCUCCCAUGAACACUUCUAAAGGCUUUACGCCAUCCCCACCACUACUUAGGGCUUAUCUCCUAUGUAAGGUAGUGAUCAUAUAGUGCAAAAAUAUGAUAGUGUAGUGUAUGCAGGUUGAAUUGAAGUCUAUUGUUUGUUUAUGAAUUCUGCCAAAUGUGAGCUUUCUUUUCAGGUACAUGACACUGCUGUACCCCGUCCCAGGGUCUCACGGGCUCACACUUCCCACACCCUCAGGGUUGGUACUCUCAACGUCGGCACACUAAAAGGUAGGUCUGGUGAGAUUGUUGAGAUGCUUGAACGGAGAUGUGUCGAUUUGUGCUGCCUCCAAGAAGUAAGGUGGAGAGGAGGUUCCACUAGGUUCCUCACAGGCAAAGAACACAGGUACAAGAUUUUCUGGGCAGGGAACACAUACAGGGUCGGGGGCGUGAGUAUACUUCUUGCGGAGAAAUGGGUUGAUAAGGUAAUCGAGGUAGUCAGUGUCUGUGACAGAAUACUUAAGAUUAUAUUGGUGCCGCAACAUGGGUUAGCAACCAUUAUCUCAGCCUAUGCUUCUCAGCUGGGGCUACCUGAUGGGCUGAAAGACCGAUUCUAUGACACCCUCUUGCAGACUACCUCGUUGACGAAUGACAGGGACAUUCUCUUUGUGGCUGGUGACUUCAAUGGACAUGUUGGACAACAUUCAGGGGGCUUCUAUGGCGUACAUGGAGGCUAUGGUUUUGGUUCCCACAAUGAGGAGGGAACCAGGCUGCUGGAGUUCUGCGAUGCAAAUGAUCUUAUGGUUUGCAAGUCUAACUUCAGGAAACCUGCCAAUCACCUAUUCACCUACCGAUCUGGUAGACACACUAGUCAAAUUGACUACAUCCUCACCAGAAAAAGAGAAAGAUGGCUGCUUAUAAAUGCCAAAAGCUUCCCAGGCGAAGAAUGUACCCCACAACAUAGACUAGUAGUUAGUGACUUCAGGAUCAGGGCUAAGUGGUUGCGCAGAAGAUGACCAGCUUGGAGGAGAAGGGUCUGGAAGCUCAAAGAUCCUGCGA